UCCUACACCUACCACCACUUCUACUACUCCACCCACCACCACCACCACUACUCCUACACCUACCACCACUACUGCUACACCCACCACCACCACUACCACACCCACUACCACCUCCACUACUACAAUACCAACUACCACUACUACUGCACCCACCACCACCACCACCACCACCACCACCACACCGACACCCACCACCACUACAUCAACUGCAACUUUACCCCCUACAAUAACAACUAGCACCACCAUAACCUUAGCAACCCCCACCAUCGACACCACCACAGACACGACCUCUCUUGACCCCGCCACGACUACAAGUGAUGAAUAUUGGACGACUACAGAGGACGAUGACUCAGUGGUGACCCUUCCUGACGGUGACAACAACAGCAUCUUGGGCCUGUCCAUGUUUGAGUUCAUCGUCGUCCUUCUCUCCUCCUUCCUCCUCCUCCUCGUCCUCUUCACUUGCUUCCUCAUGCUGAUUUUCAAGAGGAAGAGGAGGAUCUACGUCAGAGUUGUCCCUUACACACCACGCGCAGCUCCUAUGAAAUUCCCUCGCACACCUUUGCCUCAAGUAAUACCCACGUCGGAGCUCAUCCCGAGGCCAAUACUACGGCAUACCUCACUUAGCAACGACAGGAAGCCUCGGUCCGUCAGCUGGGAGUACGGUGGAGAGCCCGGCGGAGGGAGGUGGGACGCAGGCAACCACAACCCAACACCCCAACGGCACUACAUCACCCUCGACGCCCAGCCAGUCCGCCACGACCCUGGGGAUGUCUAUAGCAUCUCCCAAGGCUUCGACUCCUGGGGGAAUGACAUGCAGAGACCCCAGGAGCCUACCAAUGCCCUCUGGCGAGACGCUCCUAG